AUGGCCUCCAUAUUCAUACCAGUAGAAACUUAUCUUCCUAUCACUCUCUUGCUUCUUGUUCCAGCUUUUUUACUUCUCAUCCUCAAAAUUAAAUUCUCCAAAAUUCCAGUAAAACUUCCACCAGGUCCGAAACCGUGGCCUAUCAUAGGAAACCUAUCCCUUAUUGGUGACAACCCACAUGUCUCAUUCGCCCAAAUUUCCAAGACUUAUGGCCCUCUCAUUUCCGUCCGUCUUGGAAGUCAACUUGUGGUUGUCGGCUCCUCCCCGGAUGCUGCAGCUGCCAUACUUAAGACCCACGACAGGGAACUCUCAGGCAGGCACGUGCCAUGUGUCUCAUUCGCACGAGAGCCUAAGUACAAUCGGGACUCAAUUGCUUGGACCUUCGAGUGCACUGAAGAGUGGAAGAAUUUCCGAGCCCUCAUGAAAAAUGAGCUUUUCGGGUCAAAAAUCGUUGAUAGCCAGUUCCAUAUAAGAGAAAAAAAGAUUGGUGAACUGGUGGAGUUUCUGGGUUCAAAGGAAGGACAAAAGGUGCAAAUUCGGGAAGUCUUGUUUGUUACCACGUUUAACUCCUUGUCAAAUAUUUACUUAUCAAAAGAUUUCCUAGCUUUCGGUAGCGGAGAAAGUAGAGGAAUGAGCGGGCUUGUAAGAGACAUGAUGGAGUUAUGGACAGCACCAAAUAUAUCAGAUCUGUUUCCAAUAUUGAGUGGGUUGGAUCUUCAGGGUCUGAGGAAGAAGGCUGAUGAAUGCGUUAAGAAAAUGUGUGGAAUUUGGGACAGCACCAUAAAAGAGAGAAGAGAACGUCGAGGUGGUGAUCAUCAGAGUAACCAUAGAGAUUUCUUGGACGCAUUGCUUGACAGUGGAUUUUCCGAUGAGCAAAUCAGUUUAAUAUUCGUGGAACUCUUGGCUGCAGUGUCUGAUAGUACAACUUCAACAGUAGAAUGGGCAUUGGCGGAACUCCUGAAGAAUCCGGAAGCCAUGAAUAAGAUUCGCGAAGAGCUUGCACAAGGAGUCUCAGAAGAUUUUGUAACAGAGGAAAAUCUAGCCAACCUUCCUUACUUGUAUGCAUGCGUCAAGGAAACUUUGAGAUUACACCCUCCAGCGCCGCUUCUGCUUCCACACAGAGCGAUCGAAGAUUGUGAGGUGAUGAAAUACACCAUUCCUAAGGACUCUCAGGUUUUCGUGAACGUAUGGGCAAUUGCAAGAGACCCUACAAUUUGGGAAAAGCCUUUUGAGUUUUAA